CUGGUUUGAGCGAGAGCACCAAGGAUAUGUCAGCAACGCUUUCCUACUUUAUUUUUUAUUUUUUUAUUCCUCCCUUGUCAGAAUAACAAGGCGAUGGCGAUGACGGAUUUACUACCACUACACCUUUAUUAUUUCCCCAUUUUCUUUUUUUCUGCUUUCUCAUGGUGUGCUCGAGACCAGAGGCUCCACGGCCAGUCGAUCGUCCAUCUGUGGACACAGCAGGCUUGGAUGGGCUCUGGGAUUGACAAAAGAAGAUACCCCGCGGGUUUAGCCCUCUUUAGACUGCAUAUGUAUUGUACUGCCAUCUAUAAGAGCCAAGAUAGCUACACAGCGCCAGCGCAUAGGAAAAGGAGAUAUCCAAAUUCGAAACAAUGAAACAUUCCAAAAUCAUAUUACAUCACCUCGCCUUUUUUGCUUG